AUGGCUGCCGAAAAGAUGGCCCAUUCCAAUCAUUCACUGGCAUCUAUCAAUGAUAAAAAUUACUAUGAGGUUUCCAUCUCUAGAAACACUUCUUCCAAUAGUUUGAAUACGAAAAAGAAAUACACUUCAGCUUAUACGCCUCGAAGAGCUGGGUCAGCGACUUCUCUUUCGACAUUGAGUGAUUCCAAAAGACCUGGUGAUUAUUAUGUUCAAAAGUUGAGUAACAGUUCAAUUCAUUUGCCUGUUCAGACAAAUUCACAUUCCAAGCAAACUGCAAAUGGACGGCCAGUCUCUGGCAAUUCCAUACUGUCCUUGCCGUCAACGUGCUCUGAUGAUAAUUCACUGGUGGCUUCUUCUCAAUUUGACAUACAUGAUUCGAGAUUAAGCUCUUUGACUAGUAAUUCUAUGACUUCUCCGCUGGACUCUCCCUCAAUUAAUAAUUAUAGUUUUUCCAGCAUUCAAACAAACAGCAAGAUUAACGAGGAAAGCGAAUAUGAGGGCUCUGAACAAAGUGAAUCACUAGAUCAAGUCAAUUCGUCUGUUUCAACCAUCACUUUGAAAAGUGCUAAAAGAAGAGGAUCAUCCAAUGAGUCAAGUAUAAAUUUAUCAGGUAACUCUCCAUCUUACGAGCAGCGUCAGAAACCCAAAUUAAGAUCUGCUUCAACAUCUAGUAUCUUGCCUUAUAAGUAUAAUCAAAGGUCUCUAAGCGCAGGCUCAGCUUCUUUAACAAGGACCAAAUCUAGGUACAUGGACCCAAAGGAAAAGAAAGAAAGAUUACAAUUGAGAAAAAAGCGUUAUGAAGAAAAUGAUGAUGAUGAUGACAUCUUAGCAAAUGAUUUGGACUUAGUUUGUAAUGUUCCGGUUAUUCAAAAGCAUGCGGAAUUGUACGUCAAAAGUUCAUCUAACUUAUUGUCCAGAAACGAUUUACUCUCUGCAAGUGAUGACACAAAAUAUAAUAUAAAAAAGAGUUCGUCGGGUGUUAAGCCAUGUCCAUUACCGGGAAAACUAGGUUCUCAUGUUGACUUGACGUCGACGUCAUCACUUAACGAUUUAAGUACAGAUUCGAAGAGGAAUUCUUCUUUCAAUAGUUCUUUUGAUAAGGAUUCUUCUGUUAUUAAAGAGGAAAACGAGUCCUUUUCAUUUAGUACAGAUGACGAUGCUGAAAUUGUCAAUAACAUUUCGAGCUUCUACAGCGAAAGGUCUAAUUCAUACUCUAUCUUAAUGAAAUCAUCAAGAGAAAAAGACAUUUUAUUCAAAUUACCAAAUUAUAUUAAAUCUCAGUCCUCGCUUGAGGACUUGCAUUUGAUGUCACCGGAGAAAUUGAAUUUCGUCGAUCUGACAAGGCCAAUUAAUUUGCCUCCCAAGACCCACAUAGAUAAAUCGAAACACCACAAAGAAUUUCAAAAGGUCUUAUUGAAUUAUGAAAGCAAUACUAAACUGCAAAAUGAAAGUAGGAAAAGAUCAAUCGAAUCUUUGCUUGCCGGUCAGCAGCAAUGGUUGAGGAUAGCGGUCAGGGAUGAUAAGGAUUUCAAGAAAAAGCUACUUCAUGAAAAACUGGUUCUUCGAAAGUUAAGUUGGAAUUCGCUUUGCCCCUCUAAGCUUCGCUAUGAACUAUUCAUUAAAUUGAUUUCAAGCUCUUGUGAAAAAGGCACAGUUGACAAGUUUGAAAAAUCUUUUUCUUCUUGUGAUAAGAAGUAUAAUCACUUGAACAGUUCAUUAAAGGCGAGUAAAGGUAUUGAGUUUGAUGGCGUAAUAAAUACUGUUAUAAAGAAACCACUAUUUGAAUCAAUUUUGAAAGAAUUGAAGGAAGGUGAUUAUAAAGAAUUUGACUUGGAAAUUUUUCAAGAAAAUUUUAAGUAUUUCCUUUUCAUAAAGUCUCUUUCUGAGACAGGACUAAGAAAGCACGAUGAAAUAUUUUUGAUUCCAUUAUUGUUGAUACUUUUUGAGAAUGCGCAUAGCCGUAGUGAUAUUUUCGUAUUGCUAGAGCUUAUCAACCAGCAAAUCUUCAAUCAAGAAUUCUUCACUGAAUUGAAUUCUUCUUUAAAAGGCUGGGCAGACCUGUCAACCGAAUUUAAAUCACUUAAUAAGUUUUUGCGUACCUUUGAUGGUUCGAAAGAGUUUGAUAAUUUAAAUGGUAGCAAAUUUUUCGGAAUUCUUCUUCAACUUAAUGACAAAUUACCCUUGAGUUUAUCCGCACCAUCGACGCCUUUGUCAAAUCAUCAUUCCUUCUUUCCGGGCCCUCCUUCAAACUUGUCCUCGGAUUCUGUUCCGUCUCAAUCUUCAGACAACUCAGCUGAACUGAAUAGCAGUCAUUGGGUGAACUCUUCGUCGUUAAAUUUAAUGGUUAUGCUUUUCCAAUUACUUAUUGUUUACUCGAGUUCUCCUAAAACCAAGGUCAAGAAUAAUUCAAAAGUGGUCCAGACUUUUUUGGUUGUUAUUUUCAAAUAUUAUCAUAUUAACUGGAAUACGUUGAAUGAGUUACUAAAAGCAAACAAGUCAAUUAAGUUGAACAACACUAGUGACCAAGUCGUUAACAUUAAUUCUUACAUGGACAAAUGGAGAAAUUCUUUCGAAAAUUUCUAA